UAAUCAACUCAGAUUUUCUUUUUAAAUGAUUUAGUUGUUAAAUUAUGUUUAUGAUUGAUGAUUUCAUUAUUUCGAUUUGAAUAAAUAACGCGCUGAGUGUGGGCCUAAUUUUGACGAAAAGGCGAACAUUGUUUUCGUUUUUUUGAGUUCAAAUGAUUUUUGCCAUUUUAAAUAAUAUUAAUAAAUAAAAAUGAGAAGUUAAGAAUUUUAUAUAUAUAUAUUGUGAAAUUAAAAAACGUCGUCCUGAAAAAUGCUGUGCACUUGAAACUGGAACGCCAUUUCUACGCCUGCUCCGUCCAAGGUUCGGCUCUCCCACAUUUUUUUCCCUCCUUUUUUUAGAGAGGAGAAGAGAGAGAAGGAGCACGACAACGAAGCGUUUCUGACAUGGAAAUGGAAAUCAUAGUCUUUACGGGACAAGUUAUUAAAUUAUCUCCAUUUCUUCCCGGCAUAUGAAUGCCUGAUUGUUCUAUUUCUUUUUUCAUUUUUCAUGAUUUGGAAUUUGGAUCUCGGAAGGGGACGGGGCGAAGUUCUGAUACUCGACCGUUGGUUCGUGGGUCGAUAUCAUUCUAUUUUCCUUCAUCAGUCAACUUUCAGAUUUUCUGGUAACUUUUGGCAUGUACUUUCUCAUUGGAGGAGUGCAUAUUGGUAGAUAGCAAUUACAAUGGAAAUAUAGAUGCAGUACAUUUUGUUGAAGAUGAAGACAACUCAGGCGUUUUGUCAUAGUGAGAUGCAGAUUUUUCCUGGGCCUCGCUAUCGUACUCAUAUGAAACAGCCCUUAUGGAUUAUCAUCUUGGUUUCCUUCAUCAUUGUCUUCCUUAUCUGUGCAUACAUGUAUCCACCUCAAACUAGCGAUGCCUGUUACAUUUUUUCUUCUAGAGGCUGUAAGGUCAUUACGGACUGGCUUCCGCCUGCUCCUGCUAGAGAACUUACUGAUGAAGAGGUUGCUUCUCAUGUUUUUAUUCGAGAAAUUUUGAAUUCACCUAUUGUUCCAUCAAAAACUCCAAAGUUAGCAUUUAUGUUUUUGACUCCUGGGUCUUUGCCGUUUGAGAAGCUGUGGGAUAAAUUUUUCAAUGGUCAUGAAGGAAAAUUCACUGUUUAUGUCCAUGCAUCUAAGGAGAGACCAACUCAUGUCAGCAGCCACUUUUUGGAUCGGGAUAUUCAUAGUGAUCAGGUGGUGUGGGGUAAAAUUACCAUGGUUGAUGCGGAGAGAAGAUUGCUGGCAAAUGCUCUAAUGGAUCCAGAUAAUCACCAUUUUGUUUUACUUUCUGAUAGUUGUGUGCCUUUGUAUGGUUUUGACUAUAUCUACAAGUAUCUGAUGCAUUCAAAUAUAAGUUUUGUAGACUGCUUUAAGGAUCCUGGUCCACAUGGAAAUGGCAGGUAUUCAGAGCACAUGUUACCGGAAGUGGAGGAGAAACACUUUAGAAAAGGUGCACAGUGGUUCACAAUGAAACGGCAGCAUGCUAUAAUAGUUUUGGCUGACAAUCUUUAUUACUCCAAAUUUCGCAACUACUGCCAGCCAGGUUUAGAAGGACGCAAUUGCAUAGCUGAUGAGCACUACUUGCCGACCUUUUUCAAUAUGAUUGACCCGACUGGAAUUGCAAAUUGGUCAGUAACGCAUGUUGAUUGGUCUGAAAGAAAGUGGCAUCCAAAAUCUUAUAGAGCGGAGGCUAUUACCUCUGAGCUUUUGCAGAAUAUUACGUCGAUUGAUGUGAGUGUGCAUGUAACAAGUGACAAGAAGAAAGAAGUACAGAGGUGGCCUUGCUUGUGGAAUGGUUUGCAUCGGCCAUGUUACCUAUUUGCAAGAAAAUUCCAUCCCCAAGCUUUGGAUAAGUUGCUAUAUCUUUUCACGAACUAUACAACAAUUUGAUUCAAGGUUGUAAAUUCCUGGCCUUGGGGAGGUUUUAAUGUGACCGACCACCAUUCUUGAGUGCAUCGAGCUGCUUGCCGAAUGCAUAUGGUGAUCUGAGAUUGGAAGGGAGCUAACAUGUUGGUGUUGCUUCCUCGGGGAUGGGCAAUAUAUUAUCUUUUUUUUACUUAACAUUUUUUAGGUGCUUUUUCCUCUUAUUUUUAGAACACACGAUUUUGAAGGAAGAAUAUUUCCAUAGAUGUUGUAGUAAUAUUUUGUAAACACGAGGAUCUGAAUUUACAUCUUGCAAUUUUUUACAAAUAUAUUAUCUUUUGAGUUUCAA